UUAAUGUGACGUCACACACACACACACACACAAAGCCAUCUAUGGUAGUGCUUUCUCAUUUCAAUCAGCCUAUAGUCAGCAGAGCGGCGGCACAAAACCACCACAAAGGUAAGCAGGUUGAUCAUUUUACAGUGACAAAAAUGAAUGUGGAACAUGAAGUUACUCUGCUCAUUGAUGAGAUUCGUCGACUGGGCAAUACAAAUGCAGAUGGGAAGAUCAGUGUCAAAUUUGGAGUCUUGUUUAAUGAUGACCAAUGCGCCAACCUCUUUGAAGCUCUGGUCGGAACGCUGAAAGCGGCCAAGCGAAAGAAGAUCAUCACAUUUGAAGGGGAGCUCUUACUGCAAGGAGUUCACGACAACGUUGAUGUCAUAUUACUGUAGGACUGAAUCUAACAGUCUUUUCUUAACCCAAGUUAAAAUAACAAAUGUGUUUGUGACGUGUCAUUGAUACAUUUUGAUAUGGAAAUAUACUUGAGAGUGAAACAUUUUUGUAUACUGGAUUGGAAUAUUUUUAUACAGCAACUUUUUCUCUCUCAGGGGAGUGAUCUGCACACAGUUUUUUUUUUUUUGCGAAAAGUAGCAAUCUUCCCUGUUCAGCUCAACAGUUAUUAGUUACAGUGUGCAUGAUCAUGUUACUGGUUUUCUGGGGUUGAAUGAAUUCAUCAAAUGAAUAUCCACACAGGUUAAUAUCACUUUUACAGAUUAUACCUCUGAUGUCCUAUUCUGACUGUAUUGAUUGUAGACUGCAUAAUUGCUGUCUUUUACAGUACCUGCUGUCAUGAGGUUGUUUGUUUGCAGUACCAUUACUGUGAAAUUAUUCAUUUCAGGCAUGGUCAUUCAGGUUAUAUGUGCCAUAACAUCUCAAAGGCUGCUGUAUGUUUUUCUGGAAUUAAAUGUUUAAAAAAAAAAAAAAAAGUUUAACAUCAUCUGAACUGUACUAGUGUGAUAUUCUGUUUGAUAAAGCUCUUGCAAAAACA